AUGAUUUUUCCUACCCCGGUCUUAUUUUUGAAGGGUUUCAAAUUGGAAUUCAGAAAAAAAUAAUAAUUAAAAUAAUUUGUUUUCAAAAGAACUUCUCCUCCUUAAGAAACCAUUACAACAGAUAUGACUACCUUUUGUGUAAAAUUUAGUUUUAAUUUUUGAUUCUAGCAAAUAGAGGAUAUUUUUUAAGUUCAUCUCACCUCUGACCAGGCUAGAGUGAUUGCUAAUAAACUACCCUUUGGAUUUAGCGUUAGUUUAAGCAGAUAAUCUAAAAGAGACGUCAAAGUUUUAUUAAAAAAUUAUAAAUUUUUAGAAGGUCCAAAAGGAUAUUUCAUCUGAGGAAGAUAAUAAAGUCGUUAAAAAGCCUUAUGUAGCCCCUUAAAGAGCUGAAAAUUCAGAUGACAUGAAAAGAUGUUUGACCUUACUAUAAAGAUUGAAAAAACAUUAAUUAGCAGCACCUUUUUUAAGAAAAUUGGAUAAUGUCAAUUAUCCUCAAGAAUUAGAAUAUGUUGACUUGUAAAUAGUAGAACAGAAUCUCAAAAAUAGUAACUAUAUCUUUUUACAAUGAUAAGAUGUUUAUCAGACAGCUACUUAAUUUUGGGUAGACAUUAAGAAGGUAUGGUAAAUGUCGUAUACAAUGAAUAACAAAGGUUCUUAAUUAUAUGCAAUGACUUAAGAACUAGAACAACACUUUAAUGAAUUGUAUAAAGAAUUAGAUAAACCUUAACAAUAAAAAUAAACAAUAGAUCAACCAAUUAAAACCGAUAAAUAAUAAAAGAAACCUCCUGCAGUGCAUUAGACACCAAUCGUUAAUAAGAAACCAGUGUAUAAAUAUCUUAUUAGAUUCUUAGAAAAUAACCAAGUCUUAUGGAAUAACCUAUGAGUAUGUAAGAAAUGAGGGCUUUAGUUUCAAAUAUAAACAGUUUACCACCUGAACACUUGAGAGGAGUUUGGGAGAUAGUGUCUGAUGGAUUAAAAAUCUAAGAGUAAAGUGAUGAACUGGAAUUCGAUAUAGAUACACUUCCUGUAAAAAAAACUAGGCAAUUAGAAAAAUAUGUAAACACGAAACUGGAACUCUUAAGAAAAUAACAAAGUAAGAAAAUUGCAGAAGAAACUAAAGAAUCAGAUAAGACUAAUAAGAUUGUAAGAAAUUAGUAAUAUAAUUAAGGUUCAUACAGCUAACACUACCUAUAACUAUGCUCCAUAACCAGCUGCUCAACAAAAACAACUUGACACUGAAGACAGUUCAUUUAGCAGUGAUGCUGAUAGUUCUGGGUGA